CUUGCUCGUAAACGUAUUUUAAAAGAAUAUAGUGACCUAAUUGAAGAAAUGGAUAAUAAUCCAACACUACCAUACAGGGUAUACAUGUAUGACAACAAUUUAACUAAAUGGAAGGUAAUUCUCAAAGGUCCAUCAAAUUCUCCUUAUGAGGAUGGUUUAUUCGCACUCUCUUUAACUUUUCCAGAGGACUACCCUUAUAGACCAAUGUCUUUGGUUUUCUUGACCAAAAUCUACCACUUUAAUGUCAAUGACAAUAGUGGUGAAGUUUGUUUGGAGAUAUUAAACAGAAAUACCUCAUACAGUGUCAAAAAUGUAUUGGAAUCGGUUUUAUCAUUACUAAUUACACCAAAUCCAAACAGCUCAUUUGAUGAGGAAAAAUCAGACCUAUUCAGAGAUGAUACCCAAAAGUACAAUAAAAACGCACUUGAAUGGACCAACAUCUAUGCA